CAUGGCCACCCGUACCAAGUACGCUGAGGAGCAGCCAUUGAAGGGUGCCCGUAUCGCCGGUUGCUUGCACAUGACCAUCCAGACUGCCGUCCUCAUCGAGACCCUCAAGGCCCUCGGUGCCGAGCUCACCUGGACCUCCUGCAACAUCUUCUCCACUCAGGACCACGCCGCCGCUGCCAUUGCCGCCGCCGGUGUCCCCGUCUUCGCCUGGAAGGGUGAGACCGAGGAGGAGUACCAGUGGUGCUUGGAGCAGCAGCUCACUGCCUUCAAGGAUGGCCAGGGCCUCAACUUGAUCCUCGACGACGGCGGUGACCUCACCUCCCUCGUCCACACCAAGUACCCCGAGAUGCUCAAGGGCUGCUACGGCGUCUCCGAGGAGACCACCACCGGUGUCCACCACUUGUACCGCAUGUUGAAGAACAAGGGCCUCCUCGUCCCCGCCAUCAACGUCAACGACUCCGUCACCAAGUCCAAGUUCGACAACCUCUACGGCUGCCGUGAGUCCCUCGUCGACGGCAUCAAGCGUGCCACCGAUGUCAUGAUCGCCGGUAAGGUCGCCGUCGUUGCUGGUUUCGGUGAUGUCGGUAAGGGCUGCGCCCAGGCUCUCCACAGCAUGGGUGCCCGCGUCAUCGUCACUGAGAUCGAUCCCAUCAACGCUCUCCAGGCCGCCGUCUCCGGCUACCAGGUCACCACCAUGGAGGAGGCCGCCUCCCAGGGUCAGAUCUUCGUCACCACCACCGGCUGCCGUGACAUCCUUACCGGCCCUCACUUCGAGGCCAUGCCCAACGACGCCAUCGUCUGCAACAUCGGUCACUUCGAUAUCGAAAUCGACGUUGCCUGGCUCAAGGCCAAUGCCAAGUCCGUCCAGAGCAUCAAGCCCCAGGUCGACCGCUACCUCCUCAAGAACGGCCGCUACAUCAUCCUCCUCGCCGAGGGCCGUCUCGUCAACUUGGGCUGCGCCACCGGCCACUCUUCCUUCGUCAUGUCCUGCUCCUUCACCAACCAGGUCCUUGCCCAGAUCAUGCUGUUCAAGGCCGAGGACGAGGCUUUCGGCAACAAGUACAUCGAGUUCGGCAAGACCGGCAAGCUCGACGUCGGUGUCUACGUCCUCCCCAAGAUCCUCGACGAGCAGGUCGCUCUCCUCCACCUCGACCACGUCAAUGUCAAGCUCUCCAAGCUUACUGAGGUCCAGGCCGAGUACCUCGGCCUCCCCGUCGAGGGCCCUUUCAAGAGCGACAUCUACCGCUACUAGAGAGUUUAAUAAUCCUUAUAUACCACGAGUGCUGUCUGUCAUUUUCAGUUCAUGUCCGAAGGCACCGAGUUUCAACACGACGUUACGAACCUGGGAUAGAGAUACCCACUUUCUGAGAUGAUGAUGAGGGAGAAAAGUUGAUUUGUCCUUCAACGGCAUUUCUGGGAGCAUUAAUUGCGUUUGUUUUCUUUUUGGUCUCACGGCCUCUCUCUUUUGUUUGUUCAAGGCGGGCGGGGAUUGGGAAAUCACUCAGACAAGGGACUUUCGAAACAAAAAGGCGUUUUUAUGAUAUUCAACUUGCAGUAAAUGCAUGUCACCUAGCUUGGCCCUUCAACCUCGGCCAGGGAAUAUAAGAGGUGGUAUACUAGUGUAUGAGAUGGUAUCCAAGUUAGAUAGAAAGAGUAGGAGAAGAUGCAAUGUAUCUACCAAAUAGAGUGGAUCAUUGGACCAUCUGAUAAUCAUAGUAGAUAGUUCUG